UGGUUUGUCCGCGCGUGUCAGAGACCGCGCAUGGUCCGACGGGUGGCGUCUCUCGGAGCUACAGCGCUUUGUCUGCUCGUUAUAUUCGUGUUUGCGGAGAUGGCGCAGAGACGCGUGCUGACUCAGAGUCGCUAAAGCUCGCGCUAAGAUCAUGCCUUCGCAACACACUGAAGUUCAAAGAGUCCGUGGUCAGACGCGUUGGACUCGCUAAGUCAAAUUCCCCCCCAGUUACUCGCAAGACCUCCGGUAUGGAUAACUCCACCUGACUGGGAACCGGAUUGAACUUUCAGGAGUUUAAAGAUAACGCCGAUUUGCACAAGAUGACUGAAGUUAAUCACAUUUAUACAACAGAAAAUGGGAAGGAUGCGGGUAAGCCACUCGACUGGAAGUAUAUUGAGUGGCACGAUGAUGGCAUGACGAGAGGGACCGAUGCUCACACUCAAACUACGUGCGAGAUAACCGUUGACAAAGAGACGCAAACACACAAUCUCGGCAUGAUGCAUUCGGAGCUGGCGCGGACCCCGUCGGAAGUGAGAUACAGGGCACUGAUGGAAGUGGACGGCACCGCCAAGCCGCUGUUCCAGUUUGACAGACUAGCCCCGGCGCGCAUCUCGACCUCCCCCACCCUGAGACGCGUGAGGAGCACGAGGCUUUCUUUCCAGGAGAUGGGGAAGUUGAGCAGCACGCAGGAGGAGUCGAGCACACGCGAGACCCCCUCGCCGAGGAGUCCUUUGUCUCCCGCGCACCACGAGAAGUCUCCGCUCGCCGCUCCUCCGCUCCGGUCCGACAGGGUGGGCACGAGGGACCGUCACCCUGACAUGUCUGUGUCUCACCGGAAAAUCAGGUCGCAUGUCAGAUCAAAGACGUUUAGCAGCCGUGCCGUUUACAGGAGGGAGGACGUCCUGAGUCCAACCGACAGUACCAACUCGGACACGGCUAGCGAGACCGAACAGGCGAAGGAGUUUGGUCAUACGAGCAGGUUGCAGGAGAGGAGGCGGAGCUCAGUGGUGGUAACUCUUCCUGGAUCGGACGUUUCCCCUGGUGACCUCUUUGUUUCUAAUGGUGUGGUGGACAUUUUAAACCAGUCUACAUAUUCAGAUACAAAGAAAUCAAAGUGGCUCUUUUCAAGACGUAGCACGACUAAAGUGAAGACACGCACCUCUGCUGACGUUGACAAAUGUCUGGCAGGGUUUCAAGUCCAGGACUGGAGAGACACAAACUUCCAGAAGUACAAGGACUCCAGCCUGAAGGAAUUUCUGAUGAGCCACCUGCAGCUGAGAGCAGAGGACAUUCCAAAAAAACUCAGGAGGCAGGAGGCCAUCUGGGAGCUGUUCACCAGCGAGUGUGUCUACUUCCUGGACCAGCUGAUGGUGCUGAAAGAGGUGUUUUUAAUCCCUUUGACGGAGCUGCAGCUGAGUGAAUGUCUACAGGACAUCGAUGCCUGGAUGCUCUUCGCCAACCUCAAAGAGCUGUGCCUGAUCAGCUUUGGUUUCCUGACCAGCCUGCUCCACGUUGUUAAAGAGAUGUGGGCGUCACCGGAAACAGACUACCCAAUGGAAACCCUGCUGGCACUGCUGAACAAGGCCUUCGGGGAGAGCAUCUGCCAGUCUCUGCAGAAGUACUGUCUGAACUACAGCACAGCCAUCCUCUACCUGGACAGCCUGAGGACCAGGGAGGAUUUUGGCUCCUACCUGAAGUGGUGUGAGAAGAGUGAGCACUGUCGUAAACUGCGUUUGAAGGAUCUGCUGGUUGUUCCUCUGCAGCGUUUCACGCGCUAUCCUCUCUUCCUGAAGAACAUGGAGAAGAGGAGCAGAACCCGAGAGGAGGAGUGCGCCCUGCACCGAUUGGUUGAGCUGGUGGACAGGGCCAUAUAUGAUCUCGAGGGCAAGGUUAAGUGGUUGGACAACUAUCAGAGAGUCAAACGGCUGAAGGAAUCCUUGGUGUGGCUGCCAGUGUGGGAGAGAGGAAAGAAAUCGCAUGUGCCAGAAAAUCUGAAACACCUGAUCAAAGCAGCGACACCGGAAAACCUGAUUUCUCACCGGAAUCUCCUGCACGAUGGGAAGCUAACGCUUACAGAGAACACCAAGCUGCAGGAAGUUUACCUAUUUCUUUUUGACGAGUUCCUCCUCAUCACAAAAAUCAAACGGAAAAAAAAGCAGAAGCCCAUGGGGCCAGAGCAGAGCGCCUUGCACCCUGCGGCGACCCCCGAGCUGGCGCACCUGCUACAGGAGGGCUGCUCUUUUAUCGUGCUAGACCAGCCCAUCUCACUGGACCGUCUGCAGCUCAGGAACAUAGACCAACUCAACGCCACAGCAUCUGGCCUUCCCUACUCUUUUAUGUUAAUGCACCAUAAUCGCUAUCAACAGUGCAUCGGUGUGUUUGUGCUGCAGGCGCAUACUGAGUCAAUCAAGAAAGCGUGGCUAUCGGAGAUAGAGGAGGCGGUUGGUGCGUUGCUGAAUCAGGACUGUGGGCACCCUCAUGUGAAGAACUCCUCUCUAUAUCUGGAGUCAUCACAGAUCUAACGGGCAACCCCAUGCGGCCACCGUACAGGGAGAUUUGAAUCCUGACACCUCCAUUUCCACCUGAUGGUAACUGCUAAAGAAGGGUUGCCAAGGUUACUGCAUUCCAGCAGGGUCCUUGUGCAUUUCGUGUGCACUAAGUCGAGGUCGCUGCAUUGGUAAACAGGUUUAAAUUCAGCCAGUGAGGUUUAGUCAGAGCUACAGCAACGGUGUUGAGUUCCACAAGUUUCACCACUGCAAGGCAAAUUCACAUUUCAGCCACUGUAGACAAGAUGCAUGACAGAGACUCAAUGUUCUAGCAAACAGAGCACUGAUCAAUACUGCUACAAGGUGGAGAAUCCAAUUUAUCAUUACCCUUUUAGAUUAAAAAAAAUAAUUAAAGUCUUUUUAAAACUGAAA